AUGGUGAAAGUCAAGGUGAUUCACCGCAACCCGGCCGACUACGUCCAACAGAAGCCUGGCCAGCUUCAGCGCGUAGUCCGUAAUUUCGACCCGCAGAUGCACCCUUUCGAGCGAGAACGCGAGUACACGAGAGCACUCAACGCCGUCAAACUGCAAAAGAUGUUCGCCAAACCACUGCUCUUUUGCAUGGAAGGUCACCGUGAUGGAGUCAAGACGAUGGUGCGGGCAAAGAGUCAGGCGGCGUCUUUGUGGACUGGGAGUUGCAAUGGCGAGGUCGCCGAAUGGAACCUCGGAGCGACAAAGAAGUGCGUGAAGGUGUUUCAAGCGCACGACGGGUUUGUCAGAGGUCUUUGUGUCUCUCCCAAGGACGACCGCCUCCUUACGGGGGGUGACGACCGCCGAAUCAAAGUUUGGCGGCUUCGCUCCCCGUCGGCAACUCUCUCGACGCUGGACGUCGCCGAGCUGGAGCUCCAGGCCUCUUCGACGCUGCGGAGAGGCCGGGGGGGCGACGGACAGCGCAAGGACGGGGACGAGGAAGAGGCAGGCAAUGACGACGGACAGACGACGCAAGCUGUUCCGGCUCUCGUCGAGCAAACGCCAGCGACGGUGUUCACGUCCUCAUCUGUGGUCACAUGCCUCGACCAUCACUGGUCCAAACCGCUUUUCGUGGCUACUGGUGAAGAGGUCGCCGUGUGGGAUAUCAAUCGCUCCACCCCGCUUCAGAGCUUCCAGUGGGGAUGCGACGUCAUUCACUGCGCUCGGUUUAACCCGUCGGAAACGUGCCUCAUUGCGGCAAGCGGCGCCGACAGCUCAGUCGGUCUCUAUGAUAUCCGCGCAAACACUCCGAUUCGCAAAGUAAUGAUGAAGAUGCGAAGCAACGCCAUAUGCUGGAACCCCAUGAACCCUCCAAAAUUCACCGCGGCGAGCGAAGAUCAAAAUCUCUAUACCUUCGAUAUGCGGAAACUCUCGGCGCCGUUGAUGAUCCACCGUGACUUCGUUAAUGCUGUCCUGGACGUGGACUAUUCUCCCACUGGCCAAGAAUUCGUUGCCGCUUCCUUCGACGGCACGCUGAGAAUUUUCAAGGUCGACGAAAGCCGCAGUCGUGAUGUAUACCACACUCGGCGCAUGCAAAGCGUCCUAUCCUGUAGAUACUCUACAGAUUCUCGAUUCGUCAUUUCUGGGUCGGCGGACAUGUGCGUUCGGGUCUGGAAGGCGGAGGCUGCUGCGCAGCUUGGUCCGCGGACGCAUCGAGAACGGCAAGCAAUUGCGUACCGCAAGACUCUGACGGAGAAGUUUUCUCAUUUAAAGGAAAUCAAGCGCAUCGCGAGACACCACCACGUCCCAAGGCUCAUCAAGAAGACCCAAGAGAAGAAACGGGAGAUGGCCGACGCACGGCGACGAAGAGAAGAGAACCGCCGCAAGCACUCGAAACCCGGAGCUGUUCCGUUUGUAUCUGUCAAAAAGAAGGCUGUGUACAACGAGGUCGAAUGA